AUGAACACAUCACAGCAGGUUCAGUUCUCCACCAACAGGAGGGUUGAGUCCGCCAUCAUCUCUUCAGUAUUCGCUCUUAUUUUUCUGCUUGGCACCGUAGGAAACUGCCUGGUGCUCGCUGUUCUGCUCCGCAACGGCCAGAUGAACACCAAGACCACCAACAUGUUUAUUCUGAACCUGGGUCUGGCUGAUCUCUGCUUCAUCUGGUUCUGCGUGCCUCUCCAGGCCACCAUCUACACCAUGGACGAGUGGGUGUUCGGAACCAUCGUAUGUAAGGUCGUGCACUUUAUCAUCUACCUGACCAUGUAUGCCAGCGUCUUUACUCUUACAGCUGUUUCACUGGACAGAUAUUUAGCCAUCUGCUACCCCCUGCAUGCCAGAGAACUGCGAACCCCACGUAACACCCUCACCUCCAUCUGUGUGGUGUGGGGUCUCUCGCUGGCGUUCUCCGGCCCUUACCUGAGCUACUACCAGCAGAUGGAGCUAAAUCACACCACAGUGUGCGUCCCCGCCUGGGACAUCCAGCACCGCCGAGCCAUGGACGUCUGCACUUUCGUUUUCGGCUACUUAAUCCCCGUUCUGGUCCUCUGUCUGACGUACGGGAGGACCAUCCGCUACCUGUGGACCAGCGUGGACCCCAUGCAGGACGCCUGGGAGUGUCGGCACGCCAAGCGCCGGGUGACCAAGAUGAUUGUGAUCGUGGCGGUUCUGUUUUGCCUCUGCUGGCUGCCGCACCACCUGGUCAUCUUGUACAUGUGGUUCGGUCAUUUCCCCCUCAAUCGUGCCACCUACGUUCUACGAAUACUCUCUCAUCUGGUGGCGUACGCCAACUCCUGCCUCAACCCGAUAGUGUACGCGCUAGUGUCCAAGCACUUCCGUAAAGGUUUUUGGAAGGUGUUCGGGUGCAAAACUCAGAAGCGACUGGUCAAUAAGGUGAACGCGGCUCCGCAGGCGCAGGCCAUGAGUUUGGUGGAGGUCGCGUCCAGCGAUGGAUCCAAUCAGAGCGACGGAUCUGGAAGAGCUCGAUUCCUUAACAAGGAUGGAAGGAAGAUGGUGGCGAGUGCUUUUAUGACCUUUAAUGUCACUUAA